GCCUUCCUUCGUCACUUCCGCUGCCGCGGCUCCUCCCUCCGUCGGCGGUACUCAGCUCGGGGUCCCUGUGUCCAGGGCUGCUGUGAGUGGGGGCGGGGACGCGACCUGCCGAAGGGGCGCCGAAAGGGAAGGGGACAUUGGGAACCCACGGGCAGGUGGAUGCGAAGGCCGCCACCGCGGAACGGGCCGCGCCUGCGCAGUAGCUCCCAAGCGCUGGGCCUAGCCGCGCCACGCCCCCUCCGCGGGCCCACCCUCCCAUUGGUCACCCUAACAGGGCCAGACGCAGGAGCCAAUCAGCGGUGGAGGAGAAGGAGGGCAUGGCUCCCACCUCCCACCUGAGAGCCAAGCCCCGCCAGGGGUCAGUGACGUUCCAGGAUGUGGCCGUGGACUUCUCCUGGGAUGAGUGGGGGCAUCUGGGCCCCGCCCAGAAGGAGCUGUACCGGGAGGUGAUGCUGGAGAACUACGGGAACCUGGUGUGCCUGGGACUUGCAAGAUCCAAACCAGAUGUGAUCCAUCGGCUGGAACAAGGGGAAGCGCCCUGGAGGCCAGGGGAAGGCUUCUCCAGAAGCAGCCGUCCAGAUUGGGAAACUAGACUUGAAAACAAAGAGUUAAGUCCAACACUGAGCAUAUUUAUAGAAGAAUCUUCCAGGGAAAAACUCAGAAUGGGCAGUCCUCGGGUUUUAAAGCUGAGAGAAGCCUGGGAAUGUGAUACCAACUUAAAGAGUCUACAGAAUCGUGAAGAGAAACAAUCUAGCAAAAUAAAAAUCACCCGGAGGAAACGGCGCAGUAAAGUAAAAAACCACGAAUAUAAUAAGAAUGGCAGAAGCUUUGGUGUAGAACCAGUCCCUUCAGAAUUGAUCAUUCCUAAGGAUAACGAGAAUGGGAAACCAUUUGGUAAUCAUUCAGACCUUAUUAAAAAUCAUAGACUAAACACUGAUGAGAAACCUUAUGAAUGUAAUGAAUGUGGAAAAACUUUCCUUUGGUCAACAGAACUUACCCACCACCAGAGAAUUCAUACAGAAGAGAAACCUUUUGAAUGUAAGGGCUGUGGGAAGGCCUUCCGCUGGAAUUCACAGCUUAUUCUACAUGAGGGAAUCCACAGUGGAGAGAAACCUUUUGAAUGUGAAGAGUGUGGAAAAGCCUUUCGCCUGAGGUCACAGCUUACUUUACACCAGCGAAUCCAUACUGGAGAGAAACCUUUUGUAUGCAACAAAUGUGGGAAAGCAUACAGGCUGAGCUCACAACUUACUCUACACCAGAGAAUUCAUACUGGAGAAAAGCCUUUUAAAUGUAAAGAAUGUGGGAAGGCUUUUCACCUAAGUGGACGGCUUACUGUACACCAGAGAAUUCAUACUGGAGAGAAACCUUAUGGAUGUAAUGAAUGCGGGAAGGCCUUCCUUAUGAGGUCACAGCUUAUUGCACACCAGAGAAUUCACACUGGAGAGAAACCUUAUGAAUGUAAUGAAUGUGGGAAGGUCUUCCGCCUGAGUGGACAACUUACAGUACACCAGAGAAUUCAUACUGGAGAGAAACCGUGUGAAUGUAAAGAAUGUGGGAAGGCCUUCCGCCUACAGUCACAGCUUACUGUACACCAGAGAAUCCAUACUGGGGAGAAACCUUAUGAAUGUAAUGUAUGUGGGAGGGCAUUCCGCCGGAACUUAGAGCUUACCUUACACCAGAUACUUCAUACUGGAGAAAAACCUUAUAAAUGUGAUGAAUGUGGGAAAGCCUUUGGCCACAGGACAAAACUAACUGUGCACCAGAGAAUUCAUACUGGAGAGAAACGUUAUGAGUGUAAUGAAUGUGGAAAGGCCUUUUACCAGAGUGGACAGCUUACUUUACACCAGAGAAUUCAUACUGGAGAGAAACCUUGUGAAUGUAAAGAAUGUGGGAAGGCCUUCCGCCUGCAAUCACAGCUUACUGUACACCAGAGAAUCCAUACUGGGGAGAAACCUUUUGAAUGUAAUGAAUGUGGGAAGUCCUUUCAGUGGAGGUCUCUAAUUAUAGUACAUCAGAGAAUUCAUACUGGAGAGAAACCUUUUGAAUGUAAUGAAUGUGGGAAAGCCUUCCGCUUGCAGUCACAGCUUACAUCACACCAGAGAAUCCAUACUGGAGAGAAACCAUAUGAAUGUAAUGAAUGUGGGAAGGACUUUCAGUGGAGGUCUUUGCUUGCAGUCCAUCAGAGAAUUCAUACAGGAGAGAAACCUUUUAAAUGUAACGAAUGUGGGAAAGCCUUCCGCCUCAGUGGACAGCUUACUUCACACCAGAAAGUUCAUACUGGAAAGAAUCCUUAUGAAUGUAAUGAAUGUGGGAAGACCUUUUGCAGGAGAUCCCAUCUUAUUGGACAUAAGAGAUACCAUAGUAGAGAGAAACUUUAUGAAUGUGAUGGAUGGGAAAGGCCUUUUGAUGUAGUCUAGGACUAUAGCUGAUCAGAGAAUCCAUAUUGGAGAGAAAACUUAUGAAUAUAAUGUGGAAGAGCAUUUGUAUGAGCUCUGGGCCUUGUGAUCAUCAAAUAAUUCAUACUAGAGAGAAACCUUAAGAUUGUAAUGAAUGUGAAAAGUCCUUCCACUGGGGAUCCCAUCUUAUUAUACAUCAAAGAAUUUAUAAUGAACAAACUAAAAAUUAAAUGAAAGGCUUUUAUCAGCACAAACUUGACAGCAUCAGAUGAUAUGUAGAAAUGUAAUAAAUGUAGGAAGCCUUUCCAUCUAAAAAGUUGACUUACUGAUCAUCAGAGAACCAUAUUUCAUCAGAAGCUUAGAAGAGUAAUAAUCAUACAUACACCUUUUUUUGAAGCAUGAUGUUUACUGGACAUCAGAUUAUUUGUCCUGGAGAUAAACCUUGUAAUUGUGAUGAAUGUGGGAUUAUACCUUCCUUUGGAACACACAAUUUAAUCAUCAAAGUAAUGGUGUAGAGAUUGGCAAUAAUUGAGGGAAAAAUAGCUUUCAGAGCAUCCAUCUUAUCAGUCUCUUCAUACUUAUGAGAAAAAUCACAUGAAUAAUGAAUAUGAAAAAGUCUUUCAGCCACAAUACAACUUUAGGAUUUGAACAAUCAUGUAAUCUUUCAGCUUCCAAGAAUGAGAAGGUAACAAUGCCUUUACAUUGUGCCUUUGUUGGACCGUAUCUGGAGUAUUGGGCUCUGCUUGGGGCAUUAGAGUUUAAGAAGGACAUUGAGAAGGUGGAAAACAUUUGAAAUACAGCAGCUAGUACUUGAAUGAGGCUCAGUAGAAGGGUCUGAGAAUGGUUAGCAUGGAGAAGAGAAGACUUGUGGCAUGUUAGCUAUGUGGAAAAGGGAUUACAUUUGCUCUGCUUAUCUCCAAAGGUGCAGAACUGGGAAAAACCAGUGAAAACUGCAAACAGGCAAGAUCUAGAAUAUCAAAAGAUUUCAUGAAAAGAGAUAGGGACAAGGAAGAACAGAGCACCUCACACCUCAAACUAUAUUAUAAAUGUACCAGUCAUCAAAACUAUCUUGUAGUGGCUAAAAAAAGAGAAAAGAUCCAUGGAUAAGGGAAGAAUUUGUGAUGAAAAAAGAGCAUUAUAGGAAGUAAAAUGGAUAAUUUUGAUUACAUUAAAAAGGUUUUGCAUAAGCAAAUCUAAUGCAGCCAUACUGGGAAAAUAAUUUUUAUACUAAGUUUCUCUGAUAAAGGCUGUAUUUCUUAAGUAUAUGGAGAGCAGAGUCAAAUCUAUAAGACUACAAGUUAUUGCCCAAUUUCUUGUUGUUGUUUGUCUUUCAUUCUUGAAGAGGACCAAUGACAUCAUGAGGGUGAUGUCCUGACUUGCUCAUGAAUUGGAUUUAAGUGUAGCAGAGCUGCACAAAGUCAUCAGCCUCACUCUUAUCCAGUGAAAAGACAAGAGUUGAGAUGACUGGUGAGGGCCCAAGAUGCAGUGGGUGACUGGCUUUUUAAAAUUAAAGUCUUUCCCAGGUCUCAGUUUGUCUGCUCUGAUUGAGAAAUGGUCAAAAAAUAUGAACAGGCAGUUACCAGAAGAAAUCAAAGCUAUCUAUAGUCACAUGAACAAAAAAUGCUCUAAAUCACUGUUGAUUAGAAAAAUGCAAAUUAAAACAACUCUGAAGUGCCACCUCACAUAUAUCAAAUGGUUAAUAUGACAUGAAAAUGAUGUGCUGAAGGGAAUGUGGUAAAAAUGGGUACACUAAUGCAUUGUUGGAGUUGUGAACUGAUCCAAUCAUUCUGAAGAGCAAUUUGGAACUCUGCCCAAUGGGCUAUAAAACUGCAUGCCCUUUGACCUAGUACUACCACUACUAGGUUUGUGUCCCAAAGAGAUAAAAGGAAAAGGACCUAUGUGUACAAAAGUAUUUAUAGCAACUCUUUUUGUGGUGGCAAAAAAAUUGGAAAUUGAGGGGAUGCUCAUCAAUUGGGGAAUGACUGGACAAGUUGUUGUAUAUAAUUGUGAUGGAAAAUUCAUACUAUAAGAAAUGAACAGGAGAGAGAAAGACUUACAUGAACUAAUGCAAAGUGAAUUGAGCAGAACCAGGAGAACAUUGUACACAGUAACAGCAGCAUUGUGGAAUGAAGACUUGUGAAUGACUUAGUUAUAGUUUCAGCAACACAGUAAUCUAAGACAAUUCUGAAGGACUUAUGAUGAAAAAUGCUAUCCACUUCCAGAAAAAGAACUGGUGGAGUUUGAAUACUUCUUAAAAAAAAACAAUUAUCUUUCUUGUUUUGGGGGGGGGUAAUCUGUGUUUUCUUUUGCAACAUGGCUAUUAUGGAAAUAUAUUUUGCAUGACUGCACAUGUAUAAUCUAUAUCAAAUUGCUUGCCUUCUCAAGGAAGGGGGGGGAGGGAUAGAAUUUGGAACUCAAGAUUUAAAAAAAUGAAUGUUAAAAGUUGUUUUUACAUGUAAUUGGAAAAAUAAGUUUAAAAAUUUUCAAAUAGAUCAUUGAAAUCAAUUAAACAAGAGAGAGUAAGAAACAAUUGAACUCAGUAACCCCAUGUUUGAUAAACUUUAAAACUAAUUAUGUGCUUAAGAAAGACCCCUUAUUUGAUUAAAAUGAGGAAAACUGGAAAGCAAUCUGGCAGAAAUUAGGUUUAGACCAGCAUCUUACAGCACAUUCCACAGUACCUUCUAAAUGGAUAUUUGAUCUUAAUAUUAAAAAUAAAUACCAUGAAAUCAUUAGAAGGGAAAUAGAUCAUAUGCCUCUCCUAGCUAUGGGUAGGAUAUGCAUUGUCCAAAUAAGGGACAGAAGCAAUUAGAAAAGCUAAAAUACAUAACUUUGAUUAUAUGGAAUUGAAAAGUUUCAGCACAAACAAAAUGCAUCCAGGAUAAUAAGGGAAACAGUUAAAUGGGAAUAAAUCUUUGUAUCAGAUUUUUCUGGUAAGAGUUUGGUAUCCAAGAUGUACGAACAAAAAUACACAUACAUAUUCAUAUAUGUGUGUGUACAACCCAAAGCCAAAGGAUAUGUCAAAGGCCAUAUGAAAGAGUGCUCCAAAUCACUAAGAAAAAUGCAAAUCAAAAUAACCUGAAGUUUCACCUAACACCUUGCAAAUUGGCAGAAAUGCCAAAAGAUGUUAAUAGUCAAUGUUGGAAUAGUUAUGGGAAGUUAGGCACUAUAGCACAUUGUUGUAGCAUACAAUCCUUUUGGGGAACACUAGAAUUAUGCAAAUAAAUUGGCUAAAAUGUCUUUACCGUUUGACUCAGAGACUCCACUACUGGGGUUAUACUGAAAGGAGGCCAUUGAUUAGAAGAAAGUCUCCAUGUACACUGAAGUAUAGCAACACUUUGAAUUAGUAAAGAACCGGAAACAAAAGUAGAUGUUUAUCAAUUGUUGUUUGUUGUUCAGUCAUUUCAGUCAUGUUUGACUCUGUGACCCAUCUGGAGUUUGCUUGGCUGAUAUACUGGAGUGGUUUGCCAUUUCCUUCUCCAGAUCAUUUUAUA